UUGUCUAUGUGCGGGUCCCGCACCAACCCCCCAGCGCUGAUUCAGACUCUGAAGAUGCAGCAAUCAAGAACAUUCCGCUGCUAGCGGGCGAAUUCAAUGACUGGACGCCGGCGCAGUGUAGGUAUCUGCGACAGAUGGAUUACAAAACCGUACAUCAGCUUGACGCUACCGCGGCAACCGAUACACGUCCUGGUACAGAGGGUUAUUGGUACUGGACCUGUAUAGACGAGCGCAGAGUGGCAGGCCAGUGUGAGUUCAAGGUGGUGUGGGAUGGUAAGUGGUUCGGCAACGCAGAUGAAAGCAAUUGCACUUUCUCGCACGUCACAGAUAAUGGUACGAUGGCGCUAUUUGUGACCAUCAAUGGCAGCCUGACACACGCCAGCGCUACCCCUUCAGAUGUCGACCAGAAGCUCUCGGGCCUCCAGGAUCUGGAGAAAUACGUCGAGAAAGAUUCGUCCUCGUCUGCCGCCGUCAGAGAUGAGCUGGUCGCCAUCAAGGACGAGCUUGUGGACGCUGUGGGUGGCUUUGAUAUGUUGGACGAGCUCUGCGCCGGCGACAAGCCCUACACAAAGGUAGAGGACUAUCUGGCUUAUCUUUGUAUCCGGGGGUACACCCAUCCCUUCUGGAGUAUCCUGGGUCAAGAAACCCAGUGCAGAGUGCAGGAGAUGCUACAGAGCUCCACCCAUCGCACAGACAGGGCUGGGGCUAUGGCAAAGGCACCACGCCGCGACGAUGGGAAUGAUACGCGCACAGCUGAGGUUGCUGUUGCGGCUGCAGAGGGUAUGGAUACGGGGGACAGGAACGGCUGUAUGGGCUUGGAGGCGGAUACGCACAUGGUAACCAACACAGACGGAACACACACGGACAUAACAGUGAGUGUCCUCGGGGGGACGGAGGAGAAGAGACAAACAGGUCCGGUGGAGACGGGGGUACGGGCUUUGGAUGGGGACAUGAACACAGACACAAAUGCACACACAAACACAGACAUAAACACAGACACAAACAAAAGCACAGACACAGACACGUGUCAAGUAGGCGACGAGAUGGCGACACAUACACACGCAGAGAGGACUUCGGAUCAACCGACAUUGGACCACGGUUGUGAAGCGGGCAGUAGACAAGAGAGGGGUGCAAAUAUGGACGGUGAUAGUAUGCGCAAUAGCUCUGUUGACGCCCAUGACAGUGACGUAUGGGACACCGGUGACACCGACAAGGUCCAUAACACAGCUAUGCACCACCGGUCCAAUACCACGCAGAAUGGGGCCAGUCCCAAUGGGGUCAAUGCAGCCAUGUACCGCACUGACGCAGACGUCCCUCAUGACACCAACGGCGUCGCGAGCUCAGGCGUGGACGCGGAUACAAGGGAGAGUGCGGAUACUGUCGGGUCUCAGGGGUUUAGUCGCACUGAGAACAUGGGGAGUAUACCUGUCAACGACCCAGUCAGUGGCAUGAAAGACCUGUGCGGCACCAGUGACACCGGUGACAUCGCCCGGGGGUGUCAGGCUGACCUGCCUGGUGUGGGUGGCAGAGCCACCCGCGCACACUCCCCUACGCUUGAAGUGCGGCAUACGACUACGGAGACGCCUGCUAGCUCAGAUAGCCAGACAUCAGGAAGUGGGGCGAUGGAGGUAUGUCACACGACCACAGACACGCGCAGAGAUGCGGCCCAACCCGGCGGGAUAGGAAGUACCACCCCACCCACAACAAGUAUAAACGUUAACGGGGUUGUUGGUGAGAGUGUGGGUGCAGGCGCUGGGACGCAGCAACGACCAGCCUCACCAAUUACAAGUACGAAAUACAUAAACGUUAACGGAGUGGCUAGUGAGAGUGUGAAAGCAGGCGCAGCCUCACCUGUCCACACACCAACGAUGAAGUCCUCUGCGUGGCGAGUGGACCAGGCCAGUCCAGCGCGAUCGAGAUACAAAAAGCGGGACGAGGAGGCGGUCCGUGACCAGAGCUUCGGGGUAACGCGACAGCCCACCCUGCCCGAUCGCAUGGGAAGAGGUUUCUGUGUCGUGCGCACAUCGAGCACUCUUACGGCCAACGGUCACCACAGUACUAAGGCGCCCGGGCCCAGGAAAAAGGGGAUUGGUGCAGGUGUGACAGGUGCAGACCCCCCACGGUUGAUAUCGCACCUGUUUAAAACGGAUCAGGGUGCGCGGAGUGGCACGGCGAGUACUGCACCUGGACAACGGAAAGGGGGUGCAGGCCCUGGCGCUGCACCCGAACCACUGGGUGAGGGUUUACAGGGGGUGGCACGGGGUUUAGCCCAACUGACCACCGGAGACCCGUCAACCCAAACACACAAUGUACUGCCACCCAGGAGUGUAGUACACGCGCAGAUGCAUACACAACAGCCGCCGAUGGCAAUGCCUGCACAGGGCAAUGCAGGGGGCCUGGUGCCACCACUGCUGCAGGUUGUAAGUGGACAACAGCAGGCAGGCGCUAAUAGGCAGUCACCAAUGGCACUGCCGACACACCAUCACAUGCCACUGCCGGGAGGAAUGAGGGGACAUGAACCACAGACCUAUCAGCAACAAACCGUGCAUUCACAACAACAACAAGCGAUGUACCAGCAACAGCCGCAACAGUACCAGCAGUACCCGCAGCAACAGUACCAGCAACAACCACAGUAUCAACCGCAACCCCUACAGCAACAGAAUAUGCAACAACCACAGAAUAUGCAACAACCACGGAAUAUGCAACAACCACAGAAUAUGCAACAACCACAGAAUACGCAACAACCACAGAAUAUGCAACAGCCACAGAAUAUGCAACAACCACAGAAUAUGCAACAACCACCGAAUAUGCGACACCCGCAAUACCCACAACCACUGUUUCAGCAACAACAGUGCCUGCCGCCUCAUCACCACCCUCCACACCACCAACCCCCGCCGUACCAAAACACCCACCAAUCCCACUACCAGCACCUACAACCACAUCAACCCCCACCAGACCACCAACGCAGGCACGCACCGCAACCUGCACAUACGCCACCUGUACAACCACACAUGCACGUGCAACACCCCUUGAAUGUGCACCAGAACUUGAUGCCGACACGGUACAUACAGCUGACUAUUAUCGAUGCGGAGACGGCCGAGAUCACCAGUUCGCCGGUAGUACAUCCGAUGUCUGCGACGCCCGUGGAUGUUAUCCUGGGUGCAGCCGGUGCACGCUUGGGCGAGGGUUUCUUGUCACAUAAAGUCAAUGAUCGAGUGGUACUGUUCUAUGCGCCUACCGAGAAGCAGAGGGCCCUGUGCGUUAACAGCACUGCGAGCACCAUGUGCCGUAUGAAUUCUUUGUAUAUAUUGAUUCUGGUCACACUGCCCUGCCCAAUCACAUUUCAGAAUGAGAUCGCCGUCAUGAUGCAAUGCAACCACCCCAAUGUGGUGACAUACCGCACAUCCUUUGUUGUGCAAGAAGAGCUCUGGCUAGUUAUGCGCCUGCUAAGUGGAGGCUCGGCCCUGGACAUUAUGCGAUGGGUGUCGCCUCAGGGGUUAGAGGAGGUCAUCAUCGCCUCGAUACUAAAGGAAAUACUGAAGGCGUUGGCCUAUUUUCAUAAGAACGGGCAGAUACACAGAGAUGUCAAGGCUGGAAACAUCCUCCUUGACACAGACGGGACAGUACAACUGGGUGACUUUGGGGUGUCGUCGUGGCUGGUAGAGGGAGGAGAGCGCAAAGACAACCGACAGACCUUUGUGGGCACGCCCUGCUGGAUGGCUCCGGAAGUCAUGGAGCAGGUUUCUGGUUACAACACAAAAGCUGACAUUUGGAGCUUUGGUAUCACAGCCAUCGAACUAGCAACCGGGCACGCGCCGUAUGCACGUUACCCGCCGAUGAAGGUGCUCAUGCUGACACUUCAGAAUGAUCCUCCCACGCUGCAAAUCAACGGAGAGCACUCGCGAUAUUCGAAAUCAUUCAAGAAAAUGAUUGACUCCUGCCUGGUGAAGGAUCCCAACAAAAGACCUACCGCAGACGACCUCUUAAAGCACUCGUUCUUCCGUCUAUCUAAAGGCAAGGACUACCUGCUCACAAGUCUUAUGGCCCAGUUACCACCACUAGCGGACAGAAACAAAUCUUCAGACAAAGCCAGUCGGAGGGACGCCGGUGGCGCAGACCAGGCCAAAGACAAAGAGGACCGAUGGGACUGGGAUGACGGCGAUGAGGAGGGCGCUCCAUUCGACGGCGGCCCUAGUUCGCCACAACAGGAGAGUUUAGAAACACAGUUCAACUUCAAGCUCAGAAUGCGCGAUCGAGAGAAUCAGCUUAAGGAUAUUGAGUUUCCGUUUGAUACGCAUACUGAUACGGCCGAGUUGAUUGCCACGGAACUGGUCGAUGCACAGCUCGUGCGAGAAGACGAUGGACAGAGUGUACAGAAGGCUAUUGAAAAAUUACUUGGGGACGCCCGAGCGAAAGAGACUAAAUUCCGCGUUAGUAUGCCACCCGAUGGUGCAGAUUUUGAUGAAGAAACGCUCAUGGGAUACGCUCUGCUGUUAAGGGAAUGAUACUAAGACGCUCGGCUGCCAAAUAAUGAUACAGUUGUCCUUCAGGAGGAUUUUCCAAGCAUGGCGUACGAAAGAACAUGAUCAGAUACUGGAUGCAGUACUAAGCCCCCGCACAUUUGUGGCAGGGAUAUUGCUUGCGAUUGUACGUGCCUUGGCCAUUAAAGAAUUUAAAGUAGUGGGAAAUUUGUGUACCUAACUUUACGGAGCUGGAGCACGCACAACUGAGUUGGCACUCGUGCGCACUGAAAAGGGAGGGAGACGCUUAUGGUUCACCAAUUAUUUCACACAAUAGGAAGCUCGCCAGCGGUGACUUGCGGAUUGGAACUCAUAGAAACCAAAUCUAGGUUAAUAUCUAUAAAAAAAAUACUAAAUUUCGAAAA